CAUUGGUUUAUAAACGAAUAGUUAUCAAACACAUCACUUAUGGUGCUGGAAAUUGUUCAGUUAAUGUACUUAUUACUUCUACACAGCGGCAGCCACAGUGAGUCUACGCAAAACUAACAUUUCCCUUAUUCAUCUGAAUGAUCUAAUUUGGUUUAUACUGUACUGAGUCAUAUUGGGUGGGUGGAGUAAUUGUAUGACCAGAAGAUGGCGAGCGGGGUUGGAAAACACAAGUUGCUUGCCAUGGGGCCAACGGAGCCAUGGUCGGUGAGGGAGAAGCUGUGCUUGGCCACCUCUGUCAUGAAGAGUGGGGACCAGAACUGGGUGUCUGUCAGUCGUGCCAUCAAACCAUUUGCAGACGCAGGACGACCCCCUGACUGGUUCUCACAAAAGCACUGUGCCUCCCAGUACUCAGAGCUCCUGGAGACGACAGAGACCCCAAAACGGAAGCGGGGUGAGAAAGGCGAGGUGGUGGAGACGGCGGAGGAUGUGAUCGUGCGCAGGCUCACGGCAGAGAGGAUUGAGGAGCUGAAGCGCUUGAUCAGAGACACACAGGAGAAGCACAGGAAGCUGAAGAAAGAGGCAGAGCUGAUCCAAGCCGGGCACCUGGACUCCAAACUUGAGGAGCUACGGGGAGAGAUUGUGCAGAAGAAGAAACAGGAAGAGGAGGAGGCAGACGUGAAAAGAAAGGCCAUAGAUACAGCCUAUCUAGCCAGACAGGCGGUGAAGAACACCCCUAAACGAGUGGCAAGUGUGACCGUGCGCUCUCCCCCGGGGUGCGGCUCGCCAAGCCUCGAGUUCUGCCAAGGGGACAUACCCCAGAGCACACCUGAGGACCCCAGCACCUCAGUGACUACCCCAGAAGCAGCAGGGUUCAUGCCCCUGACUGAGGCCUGUGGGAUGGUUGGUGCAGAGUCAGGCCUGGGCACUCUUCUGGAUGACUCCCCACAAAAGAAGCUCUUGGGCCAGAAAGCCACGCCACCACCAUCCCCUCUCCUCUCUGAGCUACUGAAGAAAGGCAGUUUCAUACCCACAAGCCCCAGACUGGUUGGAGAUGGUGACCUGCCUGGUAAUAUGACAAUAGCACAUGACCUACAGCUCACAGGCUCCAUUCUCCCUGGCUGUCUAGCAACAGGUGCCCCUACACUCUCUCGUCUGCUGGAGGCCGGGCCUCAGUUCUCAGCUCCGCUGGGCUCCUUGGCCAGCAGCACAGACUCCUCCAGUGCCCUUCUCACUGCUGCUGCACCCCCCCACUAUGGACUCCCCCGCCUCACUACACACAGGUCUCUCCCGUUCCCUCCCUCUGCUUUUAUACAGGGUGAUGAGAAUGCAGAAGCUUUGGAUGCGGCUGCAGUGGAGGCCGCUCUGUCCCUGUGUGAGGAGACGCCCUGUCUGGCCCCCCCUGGGAGCCCGGGCCCUUCAAGCCUCCUGAGUCUAACCCUGCCACCCCCACACGGGCCCCACAAGCCUCCUCCUACUCCUCCCCCCUCUACGGCAGUCUGGAGUGGCCUUUCUCCCUCCUGCUCGUCUAUGAUGCUGGAGCACAGCCAGCCUAUUGGCGCUCGUCUGCAGCAUGGGGUCAUGUGCGGGGCCAAUGGGGAGGGAAGCCCUGUCUCUCCCCAUGCCACCAUCAAGUGUGAGAGUGAAGAGUGGAUGCAGCAAGGAGCUGACACACCACACGCAGACUCUGAGGGUGGCUCCAUGACAAGAGGACACUCCAAGGAGGAAGAGGAGGGGGAGCGACGUAGAGGAGAGACUAAAGAGGACAGCUAUAGUCUGCACACAGCCUCCUCUCUGCAGCUCCACACCACCGCAGACUCUAUCCCCAGCAGCCCUGCCUCCUCCAAGUUUUCGAUGUGCAUUGAGGACCAGGAGGCCAGACAGGCUCUGGAGGAAAGCCAUCAUGCUGGUAUGGCGAGCAGCCGCCAAUCACAGGCCCAUGGACCUGUUGGACACUCUGACCAUCUCCUCCGCCCCAGGCCCAUGGACCUGUUGGACACUCUGACCAUCUCCGUUCUCCUCCGCCCCAGGCCCAUGGACCUGUCCACCAUUAAGAAGAGCAUUGAAACCGGUCUGAUCCGCACCACGGCAGAGUUCCAGCGGGACAUCAUGCUGAUGUUCCAGAACACGGUGAUGUACAACAGCUGUGACCAUGAUGUGUUCCACAUGGCCCUGGAGAUGCAGAGGGACGUCCUGGAGCAGAUCCAGCAGUUCCUGGCCACACAGCUCAUCAUGCAGACCUCCGAGUCGGGCAUCAGCGUCAAGAGCCUGAGGGGCCAGGAGAGCACCCGCAAGCAGGACCCCUCGGACAAGGAUGGGGGCACCAGGGGGCGCCAUUGUGCCAUAGAAGCUGACCUGAAGAUGAAGAUGAAGAAAUUAGUCGCAGGGAGCACCUGCGGAUGACUCUGGAUGGAGUACAACUGAUUGGUACCCCCUAUCCAUGGUCAUGUCCCAGUUGAUUAAGGUAACGAAGGACACCACAGUCUGGGUCAAUGUCGUUUCAUGUCCUCUCACUUCAACUGGACACGGUGUGUCUGGCUGAGAGAGCAAUGCAGUUCCUGAAUUGCAGUUUAGAGUAAACGCAACCCCAGCACUGAGAAACACAUACUCCAACUCCUGAAUCGAGUCCCCCUCUUAAACUGAGCAAGGCAUUGUGACGUAGAGAAACAGAGUGAGGAACAGUUGACUGAAUGAGAUGACCAGGGUCGUACUGUAUGUGUCUGUCAACACAAAACUGAAAUACCUUGCAUUGUGUAUGUGUUUCAUGAGUUUAAGUCCUUUGUAUAGUAUUGUACAGGCGUGUACAUAUGGUGCCUUUUUUAAAGGCAAUGAAUGUUUCAAAAUAAUACAUAUUUGUUGCAAGAUUGUGGUCCCCCAACUUAGCAAACCAGGUAGUGUGUGAGUUUUGUUUUGUUUUAAGGAAAUCCCACAAAAAGGACUAAGGCUGGGACUCUAAGGCAAUCUGUUUGAGCAUUGUCGACAAUGCGCUAUUUAAAGGCAAUGUUCCCAAGUUCGUGGAGACGGCAUUUAUGGUAAAUGCUGCAUGUCGGCUCAAUCGGAAAUGGGCACAUUGUCGACAGCGUGUGAUUUAACUGAUUCCCGCCAUAAGCUUGGGUGUAACACCAGUAUAUACAGUGCAUUCGGAAACUAUUCAGACCCCGGAGUUGCUGCACAGCUAUUUUCAGGUCUCCAGAGAUGUUCGAUUGAGUUUAAGUCCGGGCUCUGGCUGGGCCUCUCAAGGACAUUCAGAGACUUGUCCUAAUGCCACUCGAGCAUUAUCUUGGCUGUGUGCUUAGGGUCGUUAUCCUGUUGGAAUGUGAACCUUCGCCCCAGUCUGAGGUCCUGAGCACUCUGGAGCAGGUUUUCAUCAAGACUCUCUCUGUACUUUGCUUCGUUCAUCUUUUCCUCGAUCCUGACUAGUCUCCCAGUCCCUGCCGCUGAAAAACACCCCAACAGCAUGAUUCUGCCACCACCAUGCUUCACCGUAGGGAUGGUGCCAGGUUUCCUCCAGACGUGACGCUUGGCAUUCAGGCCAAAGAGUUCAAUCUUUGUUUCAUCAGACCAGAGAAUCUUGUUCUCAUGGUCUGAGAGUCCUUUAGGUGCCUUUUGGCAAACUCCAACUGGGCUGUCAUGUGCCUUUUACUGAGGAGUAGCUUCCGUCUGGCCACUCUUAUCAUAAAGGCCUGAUUGGUAGAGUACUGCAGAGAUGGUUGUCCUUCUGGAAGGUUGUCCCAUCUCCACAGAGGAACUCUGGAGCUCUGUCAGAGUGACCAUUGGGUUCUCGGUCACCUCCCUGACCAAGGCCCUUCUUCCCCGAUUGUUCAGUUUGGCCAGGCUGGCCAGCUCUAGGAAGAGGCUUGGUGGUUCCAAACUUCUUCCAUUUAAGAAUGAUGGAGGCCACUGUGUUCUUUAUGGACAAUUCCUUCGACCUCAUGGCUUGGUUGUUUCUCUGACUUGCACUGUCAACUGUGGGACCUUUUUAUAUAGUCCAAUCAUUUGAAUUUACCACAGGUGGACUCCAAGUUGUAGAAACAUCUUAAGAAUGAUCAAUGGAAACUGGAUGCACCUGAGCUCAGUUUUGAGUCUCAUUACGUAUGUAAAUAAGGUAUUUGUUUUUUAUUUGUAAUAAAUUUGCCAACAUUUCUAAA